UUAAGUGAAAGGGGGCGGGGUCUGAAGAGAAGGGGCGGGGCCUGGGUAGCACGGGGGGCUGCGGCGAGUGAUGGGGUGAGCGUGCAACGCGGUGUGUGCACGCGUGUUUGUGCAAGGGAAGUGCGUGUGCAGGGACAGGAUGAGACGCGGUGCUGCAGGGCAGCUGGUGAUGCAGCGACGCGGUGCUGGGCUGCAGGCUGAGCAGGGGGAGCUGCAGCAGUGCGGGUUCUGGCCGCUCCCUGCUGCACGGUGCUGAGCACAGGGCUGUGUCAGCACGGGGAAGGGAGCAAGGGUGAGCAGGGCCGGGCUGGCAGCCUUGGCACCUGCCCCAGUCACCUGUAGGCAAGGCCAAGGGACUGCCCCGAUUCCCUCGGGGCUACCUGGCAGCUUGGUUUGGGGUCCUGGGAUUGUGGAGUGCUCAGCCUUCCCCUCUGUGGGAGGGGGGACAUUCCAUGCCCCUUCCCACCCCGUGGGCAGAUGGGGGUGGUGGCACCCAGCUGUGCUGGCACUCACACACCUGGCAGGUCCCGUAGAGGGCUGUAAACACAGGGGGGUGGGCGUCCUGCAUCCCACCCGCAUCCCAUUGGGGAUCCCGCACCCACCAGGGCCUGGGUUGUGCCAUUGUGGUGGCGAUGCCCUUUGCAGCCCCCCCACCCCCGGGUGCUUUUUGCUCUGUCCAGCCCCACCCGACGCCUCCCUGCAAACCUGCUGCGGCCGGUCCCAGCCCCGCCUGCCCGCCCUUCCUCACUGGGAGGAGGAAGACGAGGAGGAGGAGGCUGUGGGCUGAGGCUGAAGGAACGCGUGGGAGCACAGGGCUGCAGUUCAGUGGGACAGGACGGGACGGGAGGGCUCGACUCUCCCCACCACCAGGUACCACCUGAGCUGGGCAGCAGCCUCAGCGCAGGAAUUUUGCUCUCUGUCCUUCGAUCCCCCACGUGUCCACCUCGGGAGCCACAGAGGGACUCAGGAGCAGCCACCUGCUGCCUUUGAGUGGGUGCUGGGGGUGCCACAGUCACCCUGGGGACACGGCUGUCAUCCCCAAUGUGUCCCCAGGGCUGUGGCUGAUGUGUGGGGAGAGCCUGGGGCGCUGCCCUUCCUGGAGUGGGGCCACGGUGGCUGCCACGCAGAGAGUGCCCUAUGGGGCCCUGGGGACCUCAGGGCAUGGGACAGGCAGCACCCGGAGAUGCUCUGAAAGGGCUCACAACGGUCAUGCUGCUCCUUGUGUGUCCCAGUGAGCCCUGGUGGCUGAUCAGAGGGUGCUGAGCACCCCAAUGUUGGCAGGGGACAGGCAGUGUCCCCCUUGUGGGACAGCAGGGGGCAGGUGGGCAAGGAGUACCCCACGUGCCAUCGCCUGCGGAUAACCCCACCCAACUGGGGUGGGUGAAGGGCCUGGGGAUGGAGUAGGCUUCCCUUUUCUCAUCCCCCCUCACCUGCCUCUGUCCUCCACAGCACACCAGGCUGCUCCAUGUCGAGGAGGCUGCGGAGGAGCAGGAAGGUGGUGUUGGAAAAGCCGUGGCAGAGCCUGGAGGAGAGAGGCAGCGCACAGCCAGACCCGCACCCUGCACUCGCCAGAUCCAGAACCUACGACCCCUCCACCUGCACCGAGACCCCGGAGGCGUCGGGUCAGCCAGCAUCCCCAAACCUACUCAGCAAGCGCCGUGCUGCCUUCCACAAAGCCUUUGAGGAGAUCGCAGAGCACGAGGCUCUGCUGGCCUGCUUCUCCUGCGCCUGGCAGCGCGAGGUGCCCUACCACGGCCGCCUCUAUGUCUCCUCUGGGCACCUCUGCUUCCACGCCAGCCUGCUGCUCAAGGAGAUCAAGGCUGUUGUCCCAGUGGCUUCUGUCUGUGCCCUCAAGAAGACCAACACAGCGCUGCUGGUGCCUAACGCACUCAGCAUCCGCACGGAGCAGGGGGAGAAGUUCCUCUUUGUGUCGCUGCGCCGGCGUGAUGCCACCUACCAGCUGCUGAGGUCGCUCUGCAGACACCUGCAGGACGAUGCCUGGAGCCCCCCAGCCUCUCCCCUCAACCACAGCACUGAGCAAAGCCCUAAGAAAUCCUUGAACUUGAGCCACUCAGACUUGGAGCAGUGCACAGCGGAGCGUGAUGGUCUCCUGAAGCUGCAGGAUGAGCCGAACGCAACGCUGAACAGAGCAGAGGAGGAUGAGGAAGAAGAGGAGGAGAUGGCAGAGGACACUCCAGUUCUGGGCAGAGGGGGACCCCGCACAGCACUGCCAGCCCAAAACGCCGCCCAGCUGCGUGCUUUCAACACCAUCAUCGUGCUCUACCUGCUGCUGAUGGUGGCCUUGCUGCUGACCUCGGGGUACAUCGGGCUGCGUAUCCUGGAGCUGGAGCAGCAGCUGGCGGCCAUGGGGGCUUGGCCAGAGCUCAGCCUGGUGCAGCGGCACAAGAAGACGUGAAGCCCAGCAGGGACCUGCCACCAGGCCAUGGGAUUGGCUCUGGGACUCCCCAGAAGGCUGGGGGGGGUCCCCAUGUACCUUCCAGCACCCCCCAUGGAGCCCCCGCGGGCCGUGGGCUCCAUCCCACCCCCCACCCACCUUCCAGCACCCCCCAUGGAGCCCCCGCGGGCCGUGGGCUCCAUCCCACCCCCCACCUAUGCUUCACCCUCUGAGCCCAUUGCGUGUGCACUGAUCUGAGGGCAAAGCAGACCUGUGGGGGCAGGCAGAGCCAGGCCCCCACCCUGGGAGGCAGCCACCCCCGGGGGUGCAGGCACAGCGGGGCCCGGUGGGCACAGGGAGACUGAACUAUUUUUAUUAAUAAAGAGCUGAUGUGGUGCUA